AUUUAUAAGGAAAUCAUAAAUGGGAAAUACACUAAUUAAAUGUAAAGAGUGUUUUUAAUCCUUCAAACAAAAACCUAAAGUUUAGAUAUAAACUCAUUAAUUGGUCAAUUUUUCUAAUAAUCCUGCAGAAGAAACCUAAGGAAAAAUAAAAGCUUAGUAAAUAAGUGAAUUUCAAUUUUUAAAUUUAGGUUUCACUUAAGACCCAACUUAAUCAAACGAAAGAACAAUGUCAUAAGCAGAUGAAAAAAAUGAAAAUGAUAUCACUCUUGAAACUAUUCCGAAUAAAUAAUUAUCAGCUCUUCGAUCUCCAUAAAUGAAUUCAAAUUAGAAUUAAAAUGAAUAAGAAUAAUUUAUACUUAAUGAAGAAUGCAAAACAAAUCCAAAUUUAGAUUCUCCUUAUCCCCUCUCUUUUAAAGAAGGUGAGUUAAUAUUAUUACCAAGCAGAAAUAAUAUUAAUGUGGCAGAAUUAAAAGUAUAUGCAGAAGAUGCUUUAAAAAAAAUAAUUGAAAUUAUUAAUAAAGAUUUUAAUGAUGGUAUUAGUGAAUAUCUAUUAAAUAAUAAUCAAAUUGAAUCAUAUGUUUCACAUAAAAUGAGAAAUAAAAAAAUGUUCUUGAUAAUCAAGUAUAAAUUGUUUUAUAUUAGAUUCUCUUUUGAACUCAAUACUAAUAUUACAACUUUCUUAAAUUGGUUGGAUGGAAAAUAGCUGAUUAAUUUAGAUUUAAUCAAUACUUAUAAUUUAUAAUAAUUAAAUGAAGAAGUAUCGAUUGGCUAAAUAAUAUUAAAUCGGCAAGGAAUGGUUAAACAACAGGAAUUUAAUUAUUUUAAAUUUAUUCGAUAAAUAGAUGAAAACUAUUAUGUUGUAUUUUAAUCUUUAAGGUUUCAAGAUAAAUUGUAAUUGAUUAAUUUAUUAUUAGUGAAGAAGAUUUAAAAUAAAUUCAUGAAGGUUGUUUAAAUUUAGGAGGUUUAAAAAUAAGCUAGAAAAAUAAUUCCAACAUUCUGAUAAAAGGAUACAUUGAUGCAGAUUUUGGAAUUAAAAUUGGAUUUCCAUUGACAUUAAAAACUAUCCGAGAUAAGAUUGUUAUAUCAGUAAAUAAAUUAAGAGAGAUGUUUAAUUGA